AUGUGAGUAAAGCAUAAGCAUUAAAGCGGAGAGCUAUCUCAGUGACAUUUUGUAGUUCUAUGUUUCUUUUUUAAUCCGGCGAGAUGGGUAUAUCGCGGGAUCAUUGGCAUAAGAGGAGAGCAACUGGUGGAAAGAGGAAGCCUAUCCGGAAGAAGAGAAAGUUUGAAUUAGGUCGUCCAGCUGCAAAUACUAAACUUGGACCUCAACGCAUUCACACAGUACGCACGCGUGGUGGAAAUAAGAAGUAUAGGGCACUUCGAUUGGAUACUGGAAAUUUCUCCUGGGGGUCUGAAUGUACCACAAGAAAAACUCGCGUUAUCGACGUUGUAUACAAUGCAUCAAAUAAUGAAUUAGUUCGUACAAAAACUCUUGUAAAGAAUGCAAUUGUUACUAUUGAUGCCACACCAUUCAGACAGUGGUAUGAAGGCCAUUAUGCUCUUCCAUUGGGGCGCAAGCGAGGUGCAAAAUUGACAGAAGCAGAGGAAGAAGUUCUUAACAAGAAACGGUCGAAAAAAACGGAAGCCAAGUACAAAGCAAGGCAACGAUUUGCCAAAGUUGAACCAGCCUUAGAAGAACAAUUUUCAACGGGACGAGUUCUUGCUUGUAUAGCCAGUAGACCUGGUCAAUGUGGUAGAGCUGAUGGUUAUAUUCUCGAAGGUAAAGAAUUAGAAUUCUAUAUGAGAAAAAUUAAGAGCAAGAAAGCUAAAUAAGCAUGUAAUUUUGUAAAUAAAAUUAUCUCUGGAUGAUAAAA